AUGCCGAAGCAUGACAAAGCUGUCAAUGCUGUUGACAAAGAAUCCUAUGUUACUAAUGUGAUGAGUCUGACUACUCCACUCCCUCUUAUCAAGAAGAAGCUGUUGCAAGCCGGUUUAUUUCCGGGUUGCAUUGAAGACUGUUAUGACUGCUCGUCUCAACCAAAUGGUUGUACAAGGUUGAAGAUUGGUAUUCAAUGCCUGAUGGAUAAUCGAAAGAUCAUGUUUGAAAAAGUGCCUUCUGUGGAAAAAUUAUGUGAAGAUCUAGCCCAGAACUUGAAAAUUGAAGAUGUGUCCGUAAUUUCCAAGACUCCUAUCAGAAUCCCUACCAAGGCCCCCAUCAGGAUCACUGCUGAGCCCAAGGUAGCUCCCUUGAUCAUUACCAAGCCUGGUCCGAUCCCGUACUCCUCUGACAAGGCUGUCCCUUGGAGCUAUGGUAAUGAUGUGUAUAUUCAUGGUGUGAAACAAGAAGCCCUGAAUGAUGAGCCUGUCAAAGUUCCUAGUCCCGACGUCGACAAUAUCGUAGGGACCAGUAAGGUUACAAGAAGUGGAAGAAUUUUCUCUCCGGAAAUAUCUCCGGAUGCCAAUAUCUCAACCCAGGUCCCUGUUCCCGAUUCAACUGCUGAUGUGCGAGGGAAAAGGCCAAUGCUGGAGCCAGUUCAGACACCGGUGGAAGCUACUGCUGAAGAAGUUUCUCAGAAGGAAAUGGAUGAAAUUCUGAAGAUCAUUCGGAAGAGUGAUUACGAUGUGAUCGAACAGUUGGGGCACACUUCCUCCAAGAUAUCCAUGCUGUCAUUGUUAACCUGUUCUGAGGCCCAUGCUAAGGCUUUGAUGAAGUUUCUAAAAGCGGCGCACGUACCACAAGAGAUUUCUGUUAAUCAAUUUGAGAACUGUGUUGCAAGUUUGACAACGAACAAUUACCUGGGGUUUUCUGAUGCUGAUCUGACUCCUGCUGGAAAGAGUCAUAACAAAGCCUUGCACAUCUCCAUUGAGUGUAAGGGUACUACUUUGUCUCAUGUGCUGGUGGAUAAUGGCUCCUCGCUGAAUGUAUUGCCUAAAUUGGUGCUGGAUAGACUUGAUUCUGAAGGGAUAGUGCUAAUGCCCAGUAAUGUGGUGGUAAAGGCUUUCGAUGGGUCGAAGAGUACAGUCUAUGGAGAGGUUGAGCUCCCAAUCAGAGUGGGUUCUCAAACUUUCAACUCCUUAUUCUAUGUGAUGGAUAUCCACCCCGCCUAUUCUUGCUUGCUCGGGCGUCCGUGGAUACAUGGGGCAGGUGCUGUGACAUCUACUUUGCAUCAGAAGCUGAAGUACCUUGCAAAUGGCAAGAUCGUCACUGUGCAUGGGGAAGAAGAGUAUGUGGUUAGCUGUGUGAAUGAGUACAAGUAUAUCGAAGUGAACGGCGAAUUUAUCGAGACUCCUUGCCAGACUUUUGAAUUGGUUCCUCAAGUUGUCUCUACCGCCAAGCACGCUCCUACUGUUCCUAAAGUUACCCGGAUCCCUUCAACAAUGGCUUCUCUGAAGGAUGCUAAGGCUGUAGUUGAAGAAGGUGGUUGUACUAUUUGGGGCCAGCUCAUUGAUGUCCCGUAUAAAUCUGACAAACUUGGUUUAGGUUGUACUGCUGGAACUCAGAAGAAUAAUCAUCACACCCGGCUUGGAGGAUUAAUGUCUCAUUUCGUCAGCAAAGGAGUCAAUGCCUUGGAAGAUGGGGAGAGCAACUGCAAUCUAGACAAGUGGAUCUUCCCGACACCUGAUCAUGGGCUGAACAACUAG